AUGCCGUUCGAAAAAGAACUCUUCGUUGCCACUCAGGCGCUUAGAAAAGCUUCUCUGCUUACCAAACGGAUCCAGUCCCAGGUCAUCGCCAGCAAGGAUAGCACUAUUACAAAGGAGGACACGUCUCCAGUAACUGUAGGUGACUAUUCUGCUCAGGCUGUCAUCAUUAAUGCCAUCAAGGCGAAUUUCCCGGAGGACAAAAUUGUGGGGGAAGAGGAAUCCACAGGCUUGAGCGACGCAUUCGUUUCCAAGAUUUUGAGUGAAAUCCAGGAAAACGACUCUCAUUUUGCCAAGGUAUUCGGGGCAUCGGCCUCUGGCUUUCCAGGAAUGCAAUUUACCACUAAAGAAUUUCCCUUAAGUUCGCUAGAGGAUGUUCGUAAGGUAAUCGACCUCGGCAACUAUGAAGGAGGCGGGAAGUCCCGGUUUUGGUGCCUGGAUCCAAUCGAUGGAACCAAAGGGUUUUUGCGCGGGGAGCAAUUUGCAGUAUGCUUGGCGCUGAUAGUAGACGGUGUGGUUCAGCUUGGAUGUAUUGGGUGUCCAAACUUGCAACUCGCACAUUACGGCGGUAAGGAUCCUAGCCCACAGAGCGCUCAGGAACUGGGGUAUAUUUUCCGUGCGGUGAGAGGUCAGGGUGCCUUUUACGCACCAAUGAUUUCCGAUUUCGAGUGGAUGCCGAUCAACUGCAGGACGUUGAGCACAACCAAGGACAUGGUCUCGUUAGAGGGCGUAGAAAAGGGGCACUCGGCCCAUUCUGAACAAUCUCAAGUCAAGGAACAACUCGGUAUUACAAGCUCUCUGCAUUUGGACUCUCAGGUGAAAUACUGUCUUUUGGCACUCGGACUAGGCGACGUCUAUCUGAGACUCCCUUUGAAACUCUCAUAUCAGGAGAAAAUCUGGGACCAUGCAGCCGGUAAUGUCUUAGUGCUUGAAGCAGGCGGUGUUCACACCGACAGCUUCAAUAAUCUGCCGCUAGAUUUUUCGCAAGGCCGAACUUUGGUGUCCAAGGGUGUGAUUGCCUCUAGCGGUCCAGAGGACCUCCACCAGAGCGUUGUCAAGGCAUCUUCAGCUGUUCUGGGUCCUAAGUAA